AUGAUCCAGGAAGGUUGUUCUUUUGUUGGAACAUCUUUUGUGAGUUUUUCGGACAUGAAGGCAUUCCAGGUCCUGCUGGUGCUUCUUCUGACUGCUGCAGCAGCUGACGCUCAGUCUUUCCACCUUGGAAGCUGUCCUCAGCCGCCUGUGCAAGAGGACUUCAACAUUACAAAGUAUAUGGGCACCUGGUAUGAAAUAGAGAAGCUCCCGGCCAUGUUUGAGAGAGGAAAGUGUAACCAAGCCACAUACAGUCCUCUCGCAGAUGGGACAGUCAGCGUUCGCAAUGCAGAGCUGCUACCCAACAGGAAGAUAAAUUCAAUUGAGGGUGUUGCCAUAGUUAAAAACUCAUCUCAACCAGCUAUUCUGGGAGUCAGCUUCUUUAAAGGUGUUCCAGAUGCUCCGUACUGGGUGCUCUCCACAGACUACCAGUCAUAUGCUCUGGUGUACUCUUGCUCUGACUACUUUGGCCUCUUCCACGUCGACUUCGCCUGGAUCCUAGCUCGCACCCGCGUGUUGACUGAGGACCUCAUCAGCCAGUUGCAUGAUAAACUGGCUGCUGCUGGUGUGAAUGUAAACCGCCUUACAGUGAGCAAUCAGACAGGAUGUGAUGUCAUGUACUGA